AAUCUGUCAGCAGCCAAACAGACAGGUGAAAUAACCGUCAGGGUGCACACACUUUUUUUUUUUUUUUUUUUUAAACCUCUAUAUCUGUUUCGUUUAAUAUGUUCAUGUAGUUGGGUCCUUUAUUAAUUGUUUUUCCCCGAAGCGUCUGCGCUACAAGAAAGAGUUUCAGAAAACAACGAAGAAGGCUCCGCGCUGGUGAGGUCGCUUAAGUUUCACGGUGUGUGGGUCUAUUUUUAACAAAGGGAAACUUGUUCUGCGUAUUUGUCUUGGAGGACCUGCAGCCGAGUGCGUUGGUUCGGACACAAACCACUUGGCUUUGCAACUGGCAGCGGAUGAAACUUUUAUUUUGUAGGAGGACGUGAACACACCUCUUCCAGAUGGACAAGAUGACCGCUAAACAGAAACGGCACAAGUCAUCUAAAAAGGAGAAGUGCUACGACCCCAACGAUCCCACGCUGAGAUUUGUUGAUGGAGAUGAUGAUAUGGACUUUUUGUGUGAGGAUUACAAGUCUCGGAGAGCACUGAUGUCCUGUGGUCAUUCUGUCACCCCCAUGUCCCUCACCAACUGGUGCCGCUAUUUGCUGGAUAAGGGUGAGAGCUCAUUCGUGUGUGGCCAAACGGGCUGCAAUGCCGUGUGGCCAUUCGACGAGGUCUGUAAAAUGGCUCUUCUCACUCCUGAAGAAAUUCAUUACUUCGAAGAUACGCUGUUCCAUCGAGUUGCCAAGGACUACCUGGACGUCAAAUCCUGUCCUGGCUGCAAGUCCUCUGUGAUACGCACGGAGCUCGACAACCUGCGGGUCUGCUGCACGAUAUGCUCAGCUGACAAAGACAGGACGUAUGAAUUCUGCUGGCAGUGCCUGAAGGAAUGGAGGCGUCCGUCUCAGUGUACAGACCGCUGCGCAAAUGACGGCUGCUUCAACAAGUCACUGGAAGUUCUGAGAACCUGCCCGGGAGCCGUCUUUAGGGAUGUGAAGGGGGUCGCCGGCUGCCCCUCCGUCCGUGCCUGUCCCACCUGUGGCUUCCUGGUGGAGCACAACAAAGCUUUUUGUAAAAGCCUUGUCUGUCCCAGAUGCAAAGUGAAGUUCUGUUUUGUGUGCUUGAAGCUCUUUGAGGACUGUUUAAAGUCUAGUCCACCUUACGACCCUUGCUCCACCGGUGUAGCCCCCAGGCAGACCUCCAUACCCGUCUGGAGGAAAUAACCUAAGGUCGAUGUUGUCUUUAGUUUGUUUAACGCUGCGGUUCAGAAAGUAUAUCUGAUGUAUUUUUAAAAUCUGUUUGCCGGAAACUAAGAUAACAUGGCCCUUAAUCUGAUUUAGUAACACAAACAAAUCUAAUCUAUCGCCAUGUAGUUAAAACGUAGGUUUCUUAUCAAUCUAUACUGUGAGUUUUGUACAUAACAACUUAUGUCACCAAAUGCCUGUUUUAUUUCAACAUCAUUACCAUAAUGAUAAUAAUCCCGUUAUAGAUACAUACUGUAUAUACUGUGAGACUCAGUAUCACAAACAUUAA